AUGUUCACCAACGAUGCCAUCCAGGAUGAGGUUAUCUCCAUAAACUCGAUAUUCGAGGAGGACACUCUGAGGGUACUAAGUGAAGACUCGACGCUCUGCAGCUUACGCCUCCCGUCUCUGCCAGAUAUCACGUUACGAAUCGAGUUCCCCCAGGACUAUCCUGAUGCCCCUCCAUCAAUCUUAGGAACGGAAAGUGUUGGGCAAGAUGCUCCUAAGGGCAUGGGAAGCAAGGUCGUCGAUGUGGUUCGGGAGGUGCUUGCGCGAGUCUACAACCCUGGUGAGGCCUGCAUCUACGAUCUUCUCGAGGAGGUACGCGAAGCCAUCGAAAAAGCAGAAGCGGAUAGAUGCAUUCAGCGAGACAGGCAAGACGAACCCGAACCCCCAGCAGAAAUACCACAGGAUCUUACCCCAGACUUAGGGCCCGAACCGCCCUGGAUCAUCGCCCCUCUGAUCACGGAGAAGAAGUCUGUUUUCCUCGCCCGUGUGGCUCCAGUUUCGUCUCCCGACCAGGCAAAGCACUAUGUUGCACACCUGUUGGCGACAGACAAGAAGGCCGCCAAAGCUACACAUAAUAUGACUGCCUGGCGUAUCAAAGGACCGAAUGAUACCAGCUACCAGGAUUGCGACGAUGACGGUGAGACGGCCGCUGGCGGGAGGAUGCUGCACCUCAUGCAGUUGAUGGACGUAUGGAAUGUUAUGGUUGUCGUAACGAGAUGGUAUGGCGGAACUCAUUUGGGGCCUGAUCGGUUCCGUAUCAUCAAUACAGCAUCCCGUGAGGCAUUAGUGCUGGGCGGAUUUGCAAAAGAUGCCAAAGAGGAGAACAAGAAAAAGGGCAAAAAGUAG